UUAUAUCUCUUAAAACAUAUGUUAAUUACAUGAUUUCAAUUUUUCACUUAUCAAAAUAUUUUUUACAAAAUGUUUAAAUUAUUUCUAAGUAAAACUAGUCCAGGCGACUUACGGGGGUUAGAAACGUAAAAAAAUUUCGGUUUUUUGUUUGUUCACAAGAGGUUGGUUGUAAUUUCAAUAGCCUUUUAAGUUACUUUUGCAUUUGAUUCAAGUUUGGGUUAACCUUUGCGUUUGAAAUCGAGUUGUGAGUCAUAUUUGGCAAUUUUCCCCUACUAUAAACCACACACGUUUUCAUAUUUUUUUCUUUUUUCGUCACACUUCAAAAGAAAAUGAUACUCCAAUUGUCACGAUUUACAUUUUAACACAAUUGAAAACGUGUUAAUAUAGUACGAGGCAGAAAAAGAAAAAGAAGAAAUAAUUUCGAAGCCUUUAUGGAAGGGAAGGAUAGAAACUAACAGUUUUAUGUACUUCUGUGUACCUAACUAAUAUUGUUGAACUAUAUGUUCGUCAUUUGUUCUUAUCUUCCGAUGUUAUUUAAAUUUAUAUUCAAGAGAUAUUUGAAUUUAUUAACACACAUGACAUCAGAAAAGAAUCUAAUAUGAAAGAGCGAAAAACAAUUGAAGAGAUCAUAAGCUAAUUUUAUUCUCAAUUAAGAAUAUGGAUCUUUAUGCAUUAAUAUAUGAAAUCCUCUAAUCAAUGAUAUCACACAUGUAUCUCUAACUAGCUUAGGAAUCUACAAUACACACGUGACAUGCUGACUUUGAAGGUUUAUAGUCAUCAGAUCAUCCACAAGUAAGAAGACUCAAGCAAGAUGAAAGGAAGUUAACCUUUCGUAGAGUCUAAAUGUCUUAGAUACUAUGUUUGAGUCUAAGGGUUUGUAACACAUUAGUCGGUUAGUACAUGUGUCCUCCUCUCACAGGCUGACUGCUUUUAAGCACGUGUAAAUAGCUGAGUUAUAAAGCUAUAAGUCUGAGUCUUGAGCUGAUUAGAGAUGACUUAGGGUUCAUGUUAUCAGCCAAGAUCGUCAGCGAGAUACAUGAAGAACGAUUGUACAAGGAGCUCGGCUGAGAGCAAGAUUAGAGUGUUGCUGCUUCAAUCCCAGCUCUGGUGAGCUAUAGCUGUCCUUCCUUGUUAACAUCGGGUCAACAGUUACUUGUGUUUGUGUCGAUUUCAAGUUCGAUAGAUCAAGAUUAGGUUUCUAUCUUCACAAAUUGGUAUUAGAGCGCCAGGUUUUGGUGUGAUUAACUAUCAAUCUAAGACGAAAUCAAUUCGUAUCAAAAUGUCAAGUCAUCAAAUCAUGAUGACGAUGUUCGACGGUAUCAGAGACUUCGGAAUCUGGAAGAAACAGAUGUACACAAAUCUCAGCAUACAAGGUCUUAAGAAAGUGCUAACGGAAUCGAUAAAGAAAGAGGAGGUAACAGAUAAAAAUGAUGAAGAAACAAACAUCAAGAAAAAGAAAGAAGCAUAAGAAACGACGAGGAUGGAACGAGAUGAGAAAGCCAUGAAUAUAAUAUUCAUGAGCAUCAGUGAUCAAGUAUUAAGGAAGAUCGAUAAGUGUGUCACAGCAGCACAAACAUGGGCAUUACUCCAUCGGUUAUACAUGACGCAAAGCUUGCCAAAUUGUGUUCAUGCGCAACUAAAGGUGUACUCUUUCAAGAUGCAAGGCUCAAGAUCAAUAGACCAGAACACAGACGAAUUUCUAAAGAUGAUUAAGAAUUUUAGAAACUUGGCAUAAAGAUUCCAGAGGAUAUUCAAGCGAUUCUACUACUCAACGCUCUCCCAGCCAAGUAUGAUUCUCUUAAAGAAACCUUGAAAUAUGGUUGUGAUGCUAUAAAGGUAGAAGAGGUUGCUAGUGCUACUAGAUCUAAGGAACUGGAAUUUAAAGAUGCUUUUAGCUCUAGGUCUGGUGGGGAGGGUCAUUUUUUGAGGGAUAUAUCGGAUACUAGGACUGUAAGUUUUGGGAAGAAUAAGGACAUGUCCAGAUCAAAAUCUAAGAACGAAACGAGUGUGUUGGAUCUGCAGCAAAGAAGGACAUUUCAAGAAAUAAUGUUCCAAGUGGACUGAAAGAAACAAAGGAAGGUCAUCAUCAUAUGAUAAAGGAUAAGCUGCUGAAGUAAGAGACAAUGCAAAGAAUCUGAUUACACCGAGUGGGUGCUGGAUCACUACAAGAUAUAUGGAUUUCAAUAGCAGUAGAGGAUAGCGUUUUUUGCCUUUCUAGUAUGGUUUACAUACGCUUUAGUUUUAGAUAGCGUUUCUACAUUUCGAAACGCUAUGAUAAAGUAGUAUAUUUAAAAACGCGAUAAUAGUGUAUGGUUUUAACGUAACACUUAUUUUUAAUAGAAAAACAUAAUUAAAAACGCUAUGUUUGGCUAUUUGAAACCUUAAACUCUUAACAUAUUUUAAACCCUAAACUCUAAACACAAACCUAAAACUCAAAUAUUUUCCUAUUCUAAUCUUUAAUCUUAAGUUUAAAUUCAAAUUUUAAUAUUUUCAAUUCAAAUCUUAAAUCUAAACCUUAAAACCUAAAUCCUUUACAUAUUUUCAAACCCUAAACCCUAUAUCCCUAUCCAAACCUCAUAUAAACACUAAACUUUAAAGGGAAAAAUGUUAAACAAAUCCUCAGCUUUUUCAUUUGGACCAUUAUAAUCCCCAGCUUUCGGAAAGACCUGAAAAACAAUAAAUUUUUCUUUUGACUUUAAAAACCCAGCUAACUUUUCUUUGAAUGGAUCAAAUUAGACCCGACGUUAAUUAGACUAACGGAACAUGUUAACCCUGUUAAUUUGCACAGUUAGCCAGUACGACAACGUUUUAUCUUAAACUUCAAAAUAAGAUCUGAAACCCUAAUAUCAUUUUCCCCCAAAUCGAUUUGGGGAUUUUCUUGACACACCAACCCUAAAAAUUACGAUUACAACUCAAAAUCCUCCAAUCUCACACGAUUGACUUCCCUUAGCACGAAGAUGAGUUCGGAUUCGACAGCUGAGAGUUCAACCGUGAACACAUACGGUAUUCGUGGGUUUCCGGCGAGCUGUGUUUGCGGGACUAAGACAACAAUCUACACGUCUGAGACUAACAAGAAUCCGGGGAGACCUUUCUUCAGAUGUCUUACGAGAAGAAAGAACCACUUGUUUAAAUGGGUUGAGGAGGCUGUUUAUGAAGAGGUUCAAGAUGCCUUACCAAAGAUUGUAAUGCUUGAAGCUGAGCUUAACAAAGAAAAAUCUGAUAUUGAAGAUUUGAAAGGCGUGGUCACUGAGUUGAUGGAAGAAGUUGUAAGAGCCAAAACAGAGGUGAAGAGGUGUAAGGUGAUGAUGACGAUCUUGUUUGUGAUCAUGUGCGUGAUCAUCAUUGUCCUACUAGUUAGUUUGAUGUAGAAUUAAGUUAGUUAUUUGCUUAAUGUUUGGUCUUGACUAUGUUUGGGGCUUAAUUCAGUGACUAUUAUGUUGGUUUCAUUGACUAUGUUGUUGUUUGAAGUAAUGAACUAAGUUGUUGUUGUUGGUUGAGAUACAAACCAAUCUUAAAUAAAGCUUGAUGAAACAUAGCAUAAGUUAAGUGUCAAAGCACUACAAAAUAGAUCCGAAAAUACUGAUACACAAGACAGAAACCUGAAAGCUGAGUGUUAAAGCAC